AUGAAACGGAACCUUGAAGAUUUCAUCUACAGUGCCUUAUCCUCCUCCGAAUUAGUCUCCGUCAGGAUGAGGUUAGACGAUCCUAACCCCGACUCUCCUUCUUCCACUGCAACCCUAAAUUCAUUACCUGUCGAGAAGAAGAAGAGAGAAGGUAGGCCCAAUAAGCGAUCGGAGCAUUUAGUGGGUAAUCACGUUAAAACUCGAGCGGCUGCAGCUAGGGAAGCGACGGCGGUUGGUGUUGAGCCGAAGCAACAAAAGAAGCCGCGGCUGCCGACUAAGAAGAAAAAAGAGGGUUUAGCAAAAAAGCCGGUGGUUGUCAUUUCUGAAGCAGAGGAGGAUAAAAAGCGAACAGAGGAAACAGGAGAAGAGACAUUCAAAGGAGCAAUGGCAGAUGGAAGCGGUGGCUUGAGCGCUAACAAGGUUACAGGCCAGGAAGAAGAAGGGAAUACCGCCCCUUUUCCUGAAAGGGUUCAAGUAGGUGGAUCACCUCAAUAUAAGGUCGAAAGAAAAUUAGGGAAAGGUGGAUUUGGUCAGGUAUUUGUUGGUCGUCGUGUAUCUGGUGGAACUGAUCGCAUAUCAGGUCCUGGUGCUACAGAGGUAGCUCUUAAGUUUGAGCAUAGAAACAGCAAAGGCUGCAGUUAUGGUCCUCCAUACGAGUGGCAAGUUUACAAUACUCUGGGUGGGAGUCAUGGAGUGCCUAAAGUUCAUUAUAAAGGAAAACAAGGAGAUUACUAUGUUAUGGUCAUGGACAUGUUGGUGCCUAGUUUGUGGGAUGUUUGGAAUUCUUCUGGACAAACUUAUGUGCAUGGAGAUGUAAAGCUAGAGAAUUUUUUACUUGGUCAACCAUCAACAGCUCAAGAGAAGAAACUAUUUCUUGUUGACUUAGGGCUAGCAACAAAGUGGAGAGAAAGUAUAAAUGGUCAACAUGUUGACUACGAUCAAAGGCCUGACAUGUUUAGGGGAACAGUUAGAUAUGCUAGUGUGCAUGCAUAUUUAGGAAGAACAGCAAGUAGAAGAGAUGAUUUAGAAUCUCUUGCAUAUACACUUUUUUAUUUAAUUACGAUAUCUGUUGAUCAGGGGGGAAUUCUUAACAUUUAUGUGUCUCUGAGACAUUGA